AUGUCGAACCAAACGUACAACUAUUUGUGGCACAAAACCCAACAAGAGCUCGAGAAAAAUGCCGUUUCUGACUUUGACUAUCAGCAACUCGAACCGCAAGCGGAUCGCCAUUCCGUUCAAGUCACCGUCUUCGAAAUUUACGCAAAAUAUGUCACAAUUUCGAACCGUUUGGAGGAAAUUUACGACCAAAUGCUUCAACCGCAAAAACGAACGCUCAUCCGAAAGCUGCUGGAUUCCUGUUUAGGACGCGUUGUCGAACUAAAACACGAUCUCGUACUCCUCGACAUCUCCGAAUUCAGUUACAACGACGAAAUUUUGGAAAAACUAAAACUCACGCCACUCGAUUUGGAAGUCCGUAUCCCUCGUUACUUCAUCCGAGAACGUGCCACGGAGAUAAAUGAACGAAAACGCUUCAUGGAUGAGAUUUUAAAACGCGUUGGGUUCCUCGACGAGCAAGAAGACGAAGAGGAAAUGACUGAAAUGGACGCGAUUCGAAUCAUUCAGAUGCACGAACGAGCGAGACAAGGUCGACUUCGUGCCCAAUUCAUGAAAGAAAUUAAAUUUCUCAAGGAAAAGGGCAAGCCUGACAGUGCAAAAGAUCGCGCGGAAACAGGACUCAUGGCAGCACUGCGAAUUCAGAAAAUGUGGCGUGGGUUUGCGACGCGACGUCAAACGAGACAGCGAAAAAUGCGGGAAAUGGUGUUGAUUGGCAUGAUUCCGCCGCCGCCAACGACGAAACAGGAAAAACCCGUGGAUGAAGUCGAAAUUGCGCGACAAAAUCGGUAUCGGCUGCAAGAAAAGUACCAACUGGACUAUGAAAAUUCGUUGCGUGACGUCAAAGAUGAGAUCAGUACGAAGCAAGGAGCGCAAAUGAAGGAAAAUAUCGCAGAUGAAAUCAGAAAUUGGUUCAAGGAAUACAAUCGACGUACGGGAAAGUUCCCCGAAUUUCCCGCUGAAGAGCUUGGAGGCUCACGACAUCUUUUAUCGCGACAAGGAACUGAAAGUGAGGUUAGUCGAUCAUCAGCUUUAUCAUCAAAAGACUCAAAAAAAGACAAAAACGCCAAAGGAAAGGAUGGAAAACCUCAAAUUAAGUCAGGAGACAUCAACAUGGAAGACUCUAUCGAAGCAAAAUUCAAACCAGGCUUGUCGAUGUUCCUGCCCGAGAUGAAAGUCGGCAUCGACGAGUACAACGAAGUAUGGAAAAACAAAGACGAGUCAAAUAACUUCAAACAAACGCAUUACGAGGACAUGGUAUUUUCCGACAAAUACUCAGAAAUAGAAAACGAGUUACGCAGAAUUGUCGACGACAUCAUGCGAAACGAACUGGAUUUAUUACAAGCAGCUUUAGAUAAAGAUCGUGCCGCCAAGGGCAAGAAAACAAAAAAAGGCGCCAAAAAAGCGCGUCGCGGCGGGAAAAAAGGUAAAAAGAAGAAGGAAAAAGAUUUGACGCCAGAUCGCACAACGGAAUCCUUAUUCGAGGAGCUUGUCAUGAACGGAAUAAUUCGAAAAUAUCCCGAAACCCCCAUAAACACGUAUCUCGGAGAUCCCUCGUACACCGCAAGAACCAGCUUGAAUCCAACUCCGGGCGAUAUUCGGUCCGUUUUGAUCCAACAUUGCGUUUUGCCACUCGGUUCGGAGCAGAUUCGACAAUUUGCGCCUUGCAUCAAGUCAGUUUUGCUCGCGGGACCCAAGGGUUCGGGCAAGAGAACUCUCGUAAAUGCCAUUUGUACGGAAGUUGGGGCGGUUUUAUUCGAUCUUAGUCCCGCGAAUAUCGUUGGAAAGUAUCCCGGCAAAUCCGGACUUAUCAUGUUGAUGCAUUUAAUAUCAAAAGUGACGAGAUUACUUCAACCUGCCGUUAUUUAUUUCGGAGAUGCGGAGAAACCUUUCAUGAAAAAGGUCCCAAAAACCGAUCGAACAGAUCCAAAAAGGUUGAAAAAAGACUUACCCAAGUUAAUUAAGAAUAUAAGUCCGGAGGAUCGGGUUAUUUUGAUCGGAACGACGCAAUUUCCAUGGGAAGCGGAUCAAAAAGCGCUUCAACAAACGUAUAAUCGGUUCAUUUAUCUGCCAAGACCGGAUUACGGAACACUUUCGUUCACGUGGAAAGAGUUGCUGAGUCAAUACAGCGGCGUGCAUCGACAAUUCGACACGGGAAUUAUGGCAAAAAUUUCCGACGGAUAUACCGUUGGUGCGAUUGUCAAAACGAUCCAAGAAGUAAUUACCUGUAAACGAAUGCUGCAACUUCGCGUUCAGCCAUUAACGCAUGUCGAGCUCAUCAAUGCCCUCAGUUCGAAGGAACCUGUCUACAAAGAGGAAGAAGAUGCUUUUAAUCAAUGGUGGGCUCGAACACCCCUCGGAAGACGUCGUCAGAAGGCAAAUGAGCAGGAAAGUGAAACGCGAACCAUUGAGAAGGAACCGACAAAUGGCGCUCCGGCGAAACCUAAGGGGAAAGGAAAGAAGAAGUAA